CACCUUCCCCACCUUUCCAUAUGUUUUCAUAUCGUCUGCACAGAGACUUAAAUCUCCAAGAUUUUAACAUUUUGGACACAUAGUUCUCUGCGAUACUCCAACGGAACUAAUGAUAUGUAAAUGAUGUCAAUGUAUACUAACACAAUAUCUCUUAUUAAUAUUUCAAGAGACCUCAUAGAGAGCGCGCUGUAAACUGAUAGUCAUAUUAAAACUGCGCGGGGAGGGUAAAGUUGUAGCUGUAAGCGUUCAGCACUCAGAGCUCAACGGAUUCCUGCAGAGUUUUUCCGUACAAGAUUGAUUCCCCGCAGCAUCCAGCUUCUCUUUGACCACCCUCUAAGUCUACAGCAAUAAAAAAGGAAGCAGUGGAAAUCGCUGAGCUGGCAAUACAUCUCUCUCCUGUUCGAUCAUUUGCUUCCUUUUCUCAACUGGGUGACAGUAGCAACGGCAGAGGCAGAGCAAUGGUCGAGACAGCGAGAAAACGGGGUCCGCACUGAGGCAAAACCAGUCAACCCCUAACAGGGGGGGUCCUGUCAGGGGAUAUUCAAUUGAUCUGAUAUUAAGACGAAACAAGAGAAGUCUGCAGGUCCUUUGUUUGGCGCUGCUGAACAAAACUGGCAAAUCUUUGCCGUGGAGAACUGAACUGUAAAAAUGACAGUGAUCGCUGGAGAUAAUAUGGACGAAACCUCCGCCUUACCUGGGCACCCACAAGACAGUUACCGACCCGAUCACGACGAUCACGAAUGCUGCGAACGAGUGGUCAUCAAUAUCGCCGGGCUGCGCUUCGAGACUCAGCUUAAGACACUUGCUCAGUUUCCUAACACCCUGCUGGGGAACCCCAAGAAAAGGAUGCGCUAUUUCGACCCUCUGCGAAACGAGUAUUUCUUUGACAGGAACCGUCCAAGUUUUGAUGCCAUUCUUUACUAUUACCAGUCAGGGGGCAGACUGAGAAGACCGGUCAACGUCCCUUUGGAUAUGUUUUCGGAAGAGAUAAAGUUUUACGAGCUCGGCGAGGAUGCGAUGGAGAAAUUUCGUGAGGAUGAGGGGUUUAUCAGGGAAGAGGAGCGCCCUUUACCCGAAAAGGAGUUUCAACGACAAAUCUGGUUGUUAUUUGAGCACCCAGAGAGCUCCGGUCCUGCUAGGGGGAUUGCUAUAGUUUCUGUUAUGGUGAUCCUAAUUUCCAUUGUUAUUUUUUGUUUGGAAACGCUACCAGAACUAAAGGACGAUCCCGGGGGAAGGAUUCACGUUGUGGGAAAUACUACCUACUAUAUCAAACCAAAUAUCUUUACCGAUCCCUUCUUUAUUGUGGAGACGCUGUGCAUCAUCUGGUUUUCCUUCGAGUUAGUUGUUAGGUUUUUCGCGUGCCCUAGUAAAGCGGACUUCUUUAAGAACAUAAUGAACUUUAUCGACAUAGUGGCCAUCAUCCCAUAUUUCAUCACGCUGGGCACUGAGAUGGCAGAGAAGCAGGAAGGGAAGGAGCAGAAAGGGGAGCAGGCGACUUCUCUGGCGAUCCUCAGAGUCAUUCGUUUGGUCAGGGUAUUUAGAAUUUUUAAGCUCUCCAGACACUCCAAGGGUUUGCAGAUCUUGGGGCAAACCCUGAAGGCGAGUAUGCGUGAACUUGGACUUCUAAUCUUUUUCCUUUUCAUUGGUGUCAUCCUUUUCUCCAGUGCGGUGUACUUUGCCGAGGCAGAAGAGAAAGAAUCAUACUUUUCCAGUAUACCAGAUGCCUUUUGGUGGGCGGUGGUGUCCAUGACCACCGUGGGGUACGGGGACAUGUACCCUAUAACUAUUGGGGGAAAAAUUGUGGGCUCGCUGUGUGCUAUUGCCGGCGUGUUGACGAUUGCUCUACCAGUACCUGUGAUUGUUUCCAACUUCAACUACUUCUAUCACAGAGAAACAGAAGGGGAAGAGCAGGCACAGUUACUCCACGUUAGUAACCCCAACAUCGCUUCUGAUAGUAAUUCCAGCCGCCGCAGCUCUACAAUCAGCAAGUCCGAGUAUAUGGAAAUCGAGGAGGACGUAAACAAUAGCAUAGACAAUUUCAGAGAGGCAAACCUCAGAACUGGCAAUUGCACUGUAGCCAAUCAAAACUGUGUUAACAAAAGCAAGCUGUUGACAGAAGUAUAAAAUGGCACUUAAAGCCAGAGAUCCGAUGGCUCUGUAGAUUACUGUACUCAUCUUUGAAUGCUUUACUUACCUCGUAAAUGCAUUGUUGCAUUGCGAUUAUUAUGCUCAGCGAUAAAAAAAAAGCUUUCAGGAUAAGUGAAAGAUACUAUUUUCAUUUAUUUUUAAAUGGAAUUCCUCAAGUUGAUAUAAACAAUCUUUUAAUUAUAGGUUUAUUAUAAAGUAUUUACAAACUUUAACAGGGACUUCAUCUAUUUGCUUGUUAAGACAAACAGAAAAAAGUUCAUUAUGAAGUACGUUAUGCAUGGAAUACAGUAAAUUUCAGCAAGCCGCACAGUGCAUCCAAGAAAGUGCAUCCGAUUUCACAGUUCUGCCGAAACAUGCAAGCAUCUGCAGUUAUCGAUCUGCUCUGUAUCACACUGUGUGAUAGGUGAUGUAAUUACUUGAGAUCUAUUGACCAGCAAAGCACCUUAUAUAAGACGAAAAAAGUUAAAAACAUUUUUUCAGAAAAAGAUCAAGACAAGAAAACAGGUCUGGUAUCUCGCAAAUCAGAGCCAUGAUUUAAGAAUUAGUCAUGUUCAGGACAUCUGCAAUGCUGCUAUAGUUCUGCAGAUGCUGUGUGCAAUUUUUCUCUUACGAAGUGGGCACCAAGCAGUGCUCUUUUAGAUGCAAGACAGCACAAUGGAACAAGUAAACUUAUAAGCAUGUUCAGAUAUUCUUCAUUUUAAUAUUGGCAUGCGUUGAACAUUACCUCAUAUAUUGGGAGAUUUUUCGGUUUGAUCCCGACUUUCAGAGAGUAUUUCUCAUUUGCUUUCACCAAAAGUGCACUAUUUAUUUAUUAUUUAAAUUAUAAAUAAUUUGAACUAUUUACGUACUGAAUGUUAAAACAUUAAGGGAAACCGUAACAGUUUUGGAGAUCAUGCAUGCUAAAUUAUUCAGCAUUAUGGCCUAUUUGACUAAGGUACUGUGUAUCUCAGUAUAAUAAAUGCAUGACGUUCAGUAUUAAACCGCUUGUUGUAACCGAGAGGCUCUGAAAAGACCGAAGCGAUUUUCCUUCACGAUUUCAGGGAAAUGUUUUUGGUUCAUGUUUCUGACCUAUGACUUGAUAUCCCACCUUUCACGGGACUGCGGACUUUUUAGUCAGAAUGAUGGAUCGCGGGUGCAACUAAGGUUAGCACCACCUGGUGAACGACAUUCAAUAUUUCUUCAAUGGUGCGGUGCAUGAGCAUUUUCAGAUUGUGCGAAGUGUUAUCUGUUAUGUAAAUGAUGCAUUCAUGUUGCAAUUGAUUUUUCAGUAUUUCGUUUGUUAGAGAGUUGACGACCGCCCCUCCCCCUACUUACACUAUAUGCAGCAGAUCAGCAAAAGUAUUUAGUUAUUUGCUAGUGCCUUUAACCCUUCACCCGCUUGAUCAAUGAAAGUGCCUCCAUGUACAAAAUAUAUGAUCAGCAGUAGCUGUAAAUGAAUUAUGAGAUUUCGGUUAUCGAGUUAUGUUCUGGAGAUUGAAAACAAAAUGUAAAUGGAAAGAAAAUCGCAUAAGCUUUCGUUCAGCAUUAGUGAAGGAUUUUUUUUUAAUUUAUAAUUUACUUAAUUGCAUUCAUGCCUGUGUGAGGAAAAUAAAGGAAAUAUAGAAUGUUAAAAACAGUGAGUAGAUCGGAGCUAAAAAGUGACCAAAAACAGACCCUUUUUGGCAAACCGCUAGCCAAACACAUUUUUUUCACUUUCUUCUUUUACAGUGAUUUGCCUGGAAUUCAGUUAGGUUUGUUUUAUUUUAGAGCUUUAUGACUUAACACAUAUUGCUUGUCUAUCUCGGCAACUGAAGUAAACAGCCUGAAAGCUGAAUACUGCUGAUUUAUAGGGUAAUUGCUUUCUUUCUUUCUUUCUUUCUUUCUUUCUUUCUUUCUUUCUUUCUUUCUUCCUUAUCGUGUGUUACAAAACCGAUGGAAACGAUGGAAAACCGGUUGAAAUAAGAGUGGCAAGGUGGCGCAGUAGAUAAUGCCACAAAUUGACGGUUAAUGCAGGCCACAGUAUUUUUUCUUUUUUCGUUGUAGGGCAUUUGCACGUCGUUCCAGGGCACUCCUGUUUCCCCCACCUCUGUAGGCAAACAGAAAUGGUUUAUUGCGUGCGUGUGCCUUGCGAUGGAAUGGCGCCCUGUCCUGAAAUGGCACAUGCACGCGAUACUGACAGGAUGUCUUCGGCUCUCUGCCUCCAAAAUUUGCGUUAAACAGAAAAUAAAGAUGUGGUUUAAGGCAAUUAAAUAAGGCAUUUCUAAAAGGUAGUCUUUACCAAGUUAAUUCCGGAGGUCCUUUAUUUGUAGCCUAUUAUAAGUAUUUUUUUAUUUUAAAAAAAGCACAAACGAAUGUAAGAGUUGUGUAUGGGUUUCAUUUUUGUAACGUUUAUAUGUGUCGAAGAAAGGGAGGGAAGAACUGUCGACUCCUGAACUAUUAAUUGUGAUAACAAUAUGCUAUUAUUUAAACACCUGACAAAAUGUUUGCUCCCAAGUUCCCUUGUCACGAUUUCAAACAAGAGUUGGAUAAGUCAGUGCCACUACAUUGCUGCACUCUGUACAGUUAGCAAUAAUCGAUAAUUUACAGAUAAAUCUUACAGUAAUUAAGAGCUUUGCAAAUGUUCAUGUUAGUACCUUGGUUGUUAAGCUCCUGCUAAGCUCACCUUACUUUCACUGACUCGAUUCAUCUUCGGCCCAUGGAGACAAGGAGCAAUGCAUGCUGGGAGGUUUCAUAUGCCUGUGAGCGCGGGCAGCUGUCGGAGGACAGCCGUGUUUGAGUGGCAUAUGUAAUAAUGACGUAUGAAGUAACGGGUUAAAACGAUAACACUUGAAGAUAACAAACAUAGUUCAGCAGUUGUAAUACAAGCAUGUGUUUAUGUUCGGUUUGUUUUGACAACCGUUUGGCCAGAUACACUAGUUGUUUAUUAAAAUGUCUUAGUAGCCCUGGUUGUGUGAGCACGUCGAAGUACUGUCAUUUUCAUUCUUUAUUAGUCGAGUAUCAAUUUAUUUUACCUAAAAAGAUAAAUUGGAGAUACUUUAAAUUAAACCUUCGGUUACAAUGCAGUCAUAAUUGAUUGUCACUUGCCCUCGUGAAAGGAUUAAAAAUAAAUAGUAAUUUAUUGAUAAAUAGAAGAACUGAGAUGGCAAGCUCAGUAAUCAGUAAAACCUUGAAAGAUUUGCAGAUAUAGGCCGAGAUGGUAGUAACUAAUGCACAAACACUAUAAGUUGCUCUUUACCUAAUUAUUACAUUUUUAUUAGUAGAAAAUCAGCUGGAAACGUGGUUUAGCUAACUUCAGUAGCUGCAUGCAUUCUUCAAGCCCAAAGCCAUAACUACACACAUUAAAUCAAAGAAAAAGUUACAUUUGCAUAGUAAAUUAAUUCCUAUUGUCAACUAAAUGAAACAAUGACAUUUAUUUCUGUUUUCUUUCAGUGAAUAUGUGAAUAUAGAGAUAUUGUCAGGUUUUGCUGAUCUGGGAAACUUUGCACAUAUAAAUAAAAUAUGGAACUACUAUUUCUCCUUUACUAUUUCCUUUCAGCUUUAUGUAGAGUGCGUUGAAAAUUCAGUUCAAUUUCAAAGAUUUGCUUAGAAUAAUUAUCACUCACUUUGUUAUUAAUUUCAGUUAACACAUUCAGUCUGUCUGAGUGCAGUAUUAUGUAUGAGAUCCAUUUAAGCAUUACAGGAAUAAUAUUGUACGUAAGAUGAGUGUCGUAAAGAUGUAAUGUUUACCAACUUAAAGAUUUCCACCAGAAAAAAACCAUCUGAAACUGUAAGACAAGUUGUGGCAAAUUUGUAAGGAAUAUGACACAUUUCUAUGCUUAAGGAGACAUCACAUCCAAAUAAAAGCUGUUGUACUUGAAGUGGUAUAGAUUUUGUAGUGUAUCAGUUAAAUUCCUAUUCCCAAAUAUUUGUAAUUAAAAGCCGAAAGACUUCUUUGGUUUUUAUUUUUCAGUUAACUUGCACAGAAGGUUGAGCCAAAGGAGAAAGCUGUAAUGACAGCAUCUCUGCUUUUUGUUGUUGAUGUUAAUAUAUGCACUUACAUGGUUAAAUACUAUCUUGAAAAUGAGGCAUUUUGCACUUUUCUAUACUAUAUAGAAAGAAAUAUGUUAUCUGACAUUGAACUACUUAUUUUCAAAAUGAUGCAUUCUAGGAUUUAUAUUUA